GCAUCGUUUUAUUACUAUGUCGGUGGGAAAACUGGAACAAUUCGACCUUGGCAAGGACGAUUGGAAUUUGUAUGUGGAUCGGUUGGAACAGUAUUUUAUUGUUAACGAUGUGAAACCGGCGAUACGAGUAGCGACACUGAUAACGGUGAUCGGAAGUGACGCGUACGAACUGAUGGUGAAUUUAUGUACACCAGUCAAACCAUCUGCGAAAAGCUAUGAAGAGCUGGUGGAUGUUAUGCGACGUCAUCUUCAACCUAAACCGAGUGUAUUGGCGGAGCGGUUCAAAUUCAGACAAAGAGUGCAACGUCAUAAUGAGUCCGUGGCGGAAUAUGCGGCGGCAUUAAAGAAAUUGACGAAACAUUGCGGUUUUUGUUCGGAAACAUUAUUGGAUAAUUUGAGGGAUCAAUUUGUAUGUGGUAUUAACAGUGACUGUAUCCGUCAAAGAAUGUUUGCGGAGGAUAAUAUAACGUUCGAUUCGGCGUUUAAACUCGCGGUGACAAUGGAAGCUGCAGAGGCGGAUGCAGCCUUGGUAGAAGGUCGUACCAGGAGAUUAGGUGACGGCGUAUCAGAGGCGGAGGAAUCUAUAAACCAGAUUACGUCCAGGAAAAGAAGCACAGGGAAACAUCUACAAAAAUAUAUGAACGUAGGAACGCGAGAACCGGUUUUAAGCAGUGGUACAAGCCUCACAAGCGGAGCGAUAAUUAGCAGGCGGAGCGAUAAUAAUAUGAAUGACUUCACACGACAAAAGAAGGGAACGACUUUUAAACAAGUGUGUGACGUUUGUGGUGCAAAUCAUCAAGUAAAUCGGUGUAAAUUUAGACUUUAUAUAUGUCGAGUUUGCAACGAACAAGGUCAUUUAAAAAAGGUUUGUCCAGUACUACAAAGGCAGGUGUCAUUAAACAUCGUAAAAAAUGAUAGUUCCGUAUGCAAAGAAAACGAAGGCUCGGGCAGUGAGGAGUUCCAGAUAUUGUGAAGUGUUUUCGGACGGGCUGGGACGAUUCAAUGGUGGAACGGUUGGUUUUCGGCUGCGACCCGACGCGAAGCCGGUGUUCAUGCGCGCACGACCGCUCGCUUACGCACUUCGCGAGCCUGUGGAGCGGGCGCUGGAUCAGCUGGUACGGGAUGGAGUGAUCACGCCGGUUACUACAUCUGACUGGGCUACACCGAUCGUACCGGUAAUGAAAAAGGACGGCACAA